AUGUGUGUGCGGUGCGAGCGUGCGCGCGCGCUGCUGUGCGCCUGCGCCCUAGCGCUGUUGGCGCUGCUGGUGCUGGUGGCCGCCGACGAGACCGUCGCCGGGAAGAGAACUGAGAGCGAGUUCAUGUCACCGAUGCCGUUUGUGCUGGGCUCCCGGUAUGGCAGAUCACAACCAAGACUCAUCAGUCCGAGGAAUGACAGGUUCUUCAUGGGCAGUAGGUAUGGCAAGAGGUCGGAGCCUCCCGGAACACUUGCGCGCCCCCUGCUGUGCGCGCCGCUUGGGGGCGCGCUGUACCGCUGCGCCCCCGCUCCAGCCCCCAUCCCGACGCUCACUAACUACCAGUACAGCAACAGGAGACCGGAAGAGAGCCGCGAACUAAGAGAGGAGGAAUGA